GUCAGUGUCGAGCAUCGGUGGUAGAUCGUUAUUUGUCGAGAUUCCUCUGCAUUAAAGGCAAUAUAGGAGCAAAUGUAAAUCCAUUUGGGUAGUUUUGUAUCGAAUUUGUAGUCGUCGUGUAACGUAUGGGAAAUAUGGGAAGUGGUUUAUCACGUGAACAUUCCGUCAAAUCGGCGGUCAAAUCGUCGCCACGUCAACGCCAACAACGGCCUAAAGGCUCGUUGCAUUCUCUGAUCGAAACCGACGAGGAGGAAGCAGACGGAGCAGAGGGCUGUGAUUGCGACUGCUGUCGUGAGGAAUGCGAUUGUGUUAGCGAAGACGGCCAUACCAAUACUCUACAAUCGACUCGACAAGAACGGAAAUUGCGGUGCAUGGCGGCCGAGGCGGAGUCGAAAGAAGCCCUUGCUCCGUCCGUUUUGGCGUUCGAUGAAAUCGUUGCCGGCCCGUUUGCCGCUUACCUGAAAUGCUCCAAAGUCAUCGGUGGAGACGUGGCUCAACAUGCAGACAUGGCGCAACAAGGAUUCAAAGAUCAACGUCAUUUUCUGAUUGUGGCUUCACGCUCCAAAGCGCCGGUCGAGGCCGAUUUGGUCAAAUUAUUGGCACCAACUUCUCAGGCUAUUCAGGGCAUCCAAUCUUUCAGAGAAAAGAAUCGCACAUCGCCGCUGUUCAACCAUUUGAGCGCCAUCAGCGAAAGCAUUCCCGCACUGGGAUGGGUCACUGUGGCCCCUGCUCCUGGGCCCUACAUCAAAGAGAUGAACGAUGCCGGCCAAUUCUACACUAAUCGAGUCUUGAAAGACUGGAAAGACAAGGACAAGAAUCACGUGGACUGGGUCCGAGCUUGGGUCCAGGUGUUGACGGAUUUGCAGGCAUUCGUCAAGCAACACCACACGACCGGACUGGUCUGGAACGCCAAAGGCGGUGACGCUGUGCAAAAUGCAGGCAAGACUGCUCCGACUUCAAAGGCUGGUGGACCUCCUCCGCCACCAGGACCUCCUCCUCCACCGAUGCCAGCUGGUGACUUGUUUGCGGAAGAGUCGGGAGCUGGCAGUGGUGGUGAUGAGCAGAGUCGCGCUCAACUCUUUGCCGCGUUGAACCAGGGAGAAGACGUGACCAAAGGGCUCAAGAAAGUCACUGCCGACAUGCAGACGCACAAGAAUCCUUCGCUCCGCAGCGGACCGGCUCCUUUCACCAAACCCAGCGUGGCUCCCAAACCUAUUGGAUCUGUCGCCGCUUCGUCUCCGGCCAUGCAGAAAGCUGUCGAGCGGCCUCCUCGCAAGGAGCUCGAGGGUAAAAAGUGGAUGAUUGAAUACCAGAAAAAUCAAACAGGUUUAAUAAUUACUGACACGGAAAUGCACCAAGUCGUCUACAUUUUCAAGUGCGAAGGAUCGACCAUUCAAGUCAAAGGAAAAGUCAAUUCGAUCGUUUUGGACUCGUGCAAGAAGACGAGCAUCGUCCUGGACAGUGUCGUUUCAUCGGUCGAGUUCGUCAACUGCCAAUCGGUGCAGAUGCAAGUGCUGACCAAAGUGCCAACCAUCAGCAUCGACAAAACGGAUGGAUGUCAAAUUUAUCUGAACCAAGCAUCGCUCGAUGUGUCGAUCGUUUCUGCUAAAUCGUCGGAAAUGAACGUCCUCGUUCCAAAGGCCGAUGGCGACUACGUGGAGUAUCCUAUUCCAGAACAAUUCAAGACAACGUACAAUGGCAAGGGUUUGACCACCAUCAUCAGCGAGAUUGCUUGAAUCAACGAAACUUGAUAAAUCCUAGUACGCGAAAUGAUCAUUUUAAAUGUCGAGGAUUAUUGAGAUAUUUUGCUCGGGACUAUUUUUCCUGGCUUCAGUUUAUCUUCCGCUCCCCCUCACCCCAAUCAAUAAAAACCCAAAAGGAAAAAAAAAAAUAAACCCUAAAAAGUAAUAAUUCAAAAGAGCCUGUUUACGGCACCUAGUUCUUCCAUCCGCUGCAAAUUAUCUCCCCCCCCCCCCCUUUUUAAAAGAACAAAAAUAAAUGAAAGGAAAAAAAAUGCUUUUCGUCUAGCCUUCCUCCUCCCCGAUCUUAUCCAUUUUCAGCUUCAAUCUGUAUUAAUUAUGCCCAGCACUUCUUAAGUUAUCGCAAAUAAAUUUGUCUUUGAUGAAAA